CAUACGCACUGCGUUGCUCUCUGAAAUCAUAUUUUGGGGGUGGGUUUGUGGAGAAAAGAAUGGCGGGAAAGCAAGUCUCCGGCGACGGAUUACCGCCGAACAUCGCCGGCAUGUCAAAAAAUCAGCUCUACGACAUUAUGUCUCAGAUGAAGACAUUGAUAGAGCAGAACAAGCAACAAGCGAGGCAAAUUCUUAUUCAAAAUCCAGCUUUGACUAGAGCCCUUUUCCAGGCACAAAUUAUGCUUGGAAUGGUUCAGCCCCCACAAGCAGCACCGUCACCCGCAAUCCCACAGCCAUCAGCCAUACCGAAGCAGCAGCCCGAUAUUCAGACCACAUCAUCAUUUCCAGGUCAAAUUGCUCAGAACCAGAUAAGAAAGCAGCAAACAAAUCAGCCUACAGUAUCAAACUCUCAGUCUCAACUUACUCCUCCCCCAAACUCCCAACCUCCAUCCAAGCCAUCACAUCUCUCACAACCAAUACAGCAACCUAAGGGGCAUAUUGGUCCGCAACAAUCAGCACCGAUGUCGUUACCUCAGUUGUCUCAAGUCCCAGGUUUGAAUCAAUUGCCACAGCAUACUUCUUCACAGCACCAGCCCACUAUACCUUCACUGCCCUCACAGUUACAGCAGCCCUCACUUCAUCAGCCCCCGAUACAAUCACAGCCGCCUUUACAGAGCAGUGGCGGUCAAUAUUUGCCCGUACAGCAGCCACUACAGCCGCCUCUGCCGCCACAACCAAGACCGCAGGCACAGGGGUUCCCUCACCAGGGUCAUGCUCAAAUGGGACAGGGUUUUGGUUUUCAACACCCUGCUGGACCACAGAUGCACCAUUCACAACAUAUGUUUCAUUCAGGUGGAAAGCCGCCUACUGGUGUGGGGCCUUCAUUUCAGCAGGGGCAGGGGCAGGGGCAGCUACCACCUCAAAAUCAGCUUUUGCCCCCAUCGCUUUAUCAGGGCCAGGCAGGAAAUCCUCACAUGGGAAUGGAUUACAAUCAAGGUGGAAGCUCCAAGCAAACAGAUAGAGGAUCCAAUUGGAUGCCUGAAAGUACAGCUGGCCAGUUUCAAGGACAACCACCAUCCUUUGGUGGUCAGGCGGGACCCAGCAGCCAGCCUCCUAGACCACCGCCGUUGACUCCUGAAUUGGAACAGGCACUACUGCAGCAAGUUAUGAGCCUCACUCCCGACCAGAUCAAUAAGCUCCCCACUGAACAAAGAAAUCAAAUUCUUCAAUUACGGCAAAUGCUCCGGCAGUGAAAAGUGUGCUGUAGAUGCAUUUAUUCCUAUUUUCGGUGUUCGCAUCUCUUCGAAAAGAAAAAAAAAAUGCCGCCUCUUCACAUGCCAUAGUGGACAGCUUCUGAAAAGAACACCGCCGCGUAUUCUGUGAUAUUUCUUCCGUUUGAACUACCAACGAUGUGCCUUUGAAUUACCGAACUAUGUAGCUCUCAUUUGAUAUACACUUCGAUUCGCUUUUUUUUUUUUAAACCUAAAUGAAAGUAAUCAUAUUUAUGUUUU